AGCGAAUCGAUCUCCCCGGUCGAGUCAUUUCGAGUCGAGCGAUACUCUGCAUAUUCACGUCGCGCCCGCGACUUUCUUUUCGCAACCGUCCCCGAGUACAUCGAAUCUCGUGAACUAUGUCCGAGGCAUACGUCGACGAGUACGAACACUUCAACUACGACUACGACAAGCAUAUCUUCACCUCGCACGGCGGUAAACAGAGGAGCAAACGCGAGGCUGUCGCGCACACGAAUCACUUCGACCCGAGCGGCCAUUCCAGAAAGAUUCUCACCAAGAUGAUGAACACCGAGCACAACAAACGGCAGACGACGAGCAAGAGCAAGGCGUAAAAGAUUACGGACGUUCCUAUUCUCGCGGCCGGCGUCUUCAAGGAUCUCAUCUCACAGGAUUUUCCCACCUAAGGCGACCGGAAUAAAAAAAUAUAUAUCCUUUUGUUUUUACUAUCGAGAAUGCAUUUAGUCGUAGAUUCUUACUCAACGUAAGAUUGGCACGAUAGUUCGUACCUCAUCGUCGUCUUUUAUUGUCAAAAACAUGCGGCAAUCACGUUAUUUGUGAGAGUACAAAAUAACGUAUCUCGCACUUCGCCGCUUUGCGUGAAUCUGGAAUUCGCAUGACAUUCUUUUUUUUUUCUUUUUUUCUUGACUAGGAUAAUAUGGUGAUACUAUAUUAAUUUUUGCGUGUGCUAUUAUAAUAAAUUCGUCGAUAAGCUACAAUCGAUUGAAUUUCUGCUGUACGAUUAUGAAAAAUAAAAUUUAUGUUCUAAUAACAAUAAGUGAAUUGAAAUCGUUAAUUGAAGUCUCUUGUUAUAAACAAUUGUGAUGCAAUACCUUUUGUUAUAUAUGCGUUUUAUUUGCAUACAUUACAAUAAUCGUUGUUAAAAGGAACAGAGAAAAACUUUGCUAUCGGCUCCUUAUAUCUCUAGCGAUACGUAUGUAUUACGAUAUAUUC